AUUUUACCGAGCGAGGCUUGGUUACCUGGUAAUGUAUUAUAGGCUACCCCCAAGUAGGCCUAUUAGAUAAUUGUUUGAAGAACCGUACGUGGGGCGCCUGGGGUGCCUUGUCACACGAGUGACUAAUUUCUAACAAGAUAGACUAUGACCCACAUAUUUCGACUCAGUUUCUAAAAAUAAAAAAACGCAGUCAGUCUACUAUUGACCCCUCUACCUCACAGAACCAACGAAAUAGGCCAAAGUACUCACUUCCUUGCGCAUUCAGCCGUGGCACUAGUAUGCUGACCUACCUGUACUGGCAGCCGUGACUCAAGCGUGAUUCAUGUAACACAUUACGUGAAAAUAGCCACGGUUCGUAUGACUUCAUAUAAAACUUGAAAUCUUUGCACGGAACACCAGUCACCAUUUCUUUCUAGAUUUGUAUUUUUUUGGCCUCUACGGUCGCUAUGAAAGAAUGGAAUCCUUUAAAGUCUCAAGCAGGAUUCUGAAGAAGACCUUAACAAGAGCCUUGUCCACUACACCAGACUUCCAGCCCAAACCAUUUGAAGCCAUUCCGGGUCCUAAAGGAUGCUACCAGUGGCCAGUCGUUGGAACUCUUCUUUUGUUCAAACCUUUCUCGAAUUACACACCAGAGACAUUCCACAAACUACUGGACGACAUGUUUGAUAAGUAUGGCCCAAUCAUCAAACUGCGCCUGGGGGCCCCGCACGUGAUCGUCUCAGACCCCGAAGAUUUCCAGACGGUCUUCAGGAAUGAAGGGAAGUUUCCAGUGCGCACUCCCAUCUCUCUGAUCACAGCCCUCAGCAAGAGAACUGGACUCAAAGACUCCAUGCCGAAUUUGAAAGGUCAGGAAUGGCACACGCUUCGAUCACCUCUCAAUCGACAUCUUCUGAAGGCGGACUCAGCACUGCACUACUUAGAACAACAGAACCAAGUGGCGGAGGAGUUUGCUAAGAUUUUGGCGGAGCAAAACAUGAAUCCUGAGGAUUUGGCGGAACUAUUUUUUCGUUUCGCAGCAGAAAGUAUCGCUUUGGUCACAUUCAACAGGAGGCUAGGCUUCUUCAGUCUGGAUAUUGACGAUGAAUCCAAACAGUUCCUCCAGGCCAGUCGAGACGGUAUCAAACUGAUUUACUAUUCACAAAGUGGCAAGUCUAUCGCUCACACAUGGUACAGAAACCAAACCUACAGAGAGUAUGAAAAGGUAGCUCUUAUAACAAGGAGAUUUGCCUGGAAACAUCUGGAGAUUGCCAGAGAGGAAAACAGAAGGAGAGAAAAAGAAGGGACUUUAAACACAGAGGAACCGAACCUCCUCCUGUCGUUAACCAAGGAGAGUUCGCUAUCUGAUGACGACAUUAGCAACAUAAUGUCCAGCCUGUACAGUGCCGCCACGGACUCUACGGCGAAAAAUCUUCAAGUUUUAUUUUACAACUUGGCCAAAAACCCGGACAAGCAGGAAGCGUUAAGAAAGGAGAUACACUCUGUGCUCGGAGCUAGUGGUCCACUGACAGCUGCAGCACUUUCACAGAUGUCCUAUUUGAAAGCUUGUGUUAAAGAGUCUUUUAGACUUAACUAUCCAGUCGUGAGCGGACCAAUGAGAAUUUUAUCCACGGAUGUUAUUUUAAGUAACUAUACUGUCCCUGCAGGGACAACCAUCAUGAUGGCCAACUCUCGAGCCGUCAAGACUCACUUCGAAGAGACGGACCAAUUCAUGCCUGAAAGAUGGCUCAGGACCAGUGAAUCGAGGAAACAUGACGUCACAAGUCACUUUGUCGCUCUCCCCUUCGGUCACGGGCCAAGAAAUUGUAUAGGGCGACGUUUUGCUGAGCAGGAAAUUUAUCUGGCAGCUUCUAAGGUAAUUCAAAAUCUGAAGAUCGAUCUUGAUAAAGAAUCCUGGGACACCAGCUUUAUUUAUAAACUCUUUAUUGAACCUGAGAAACCUCUGAGAUUCAGGUUCACAAAGAUCAACUCAAGCUAGUCCACAACCUACGUCCACUCAAAAAAAAAAAAGAAAGGUUACAUAUGAAAAUGUAAUGAGCAAAACAAAUAGUGGAUCUGUGAAUAUCUCUAGAAAUCCCUCUUGAAAAGCCAAAAUGUACAAACAAAAAUCCAGAUGUUAUAGAGACAGAAACUGGGAAGCGCAGAUAUUUUACAAUAUGCCAACAAAAAUUCAGGUUUCUUUUAUCUGAAAGUUACAUUUGAAUUGCCGCGGAGUUUCUCGAUUUCACUAUUUUGGAACAUUCUAGGCCAUAGUUAUCUCUUGUUUUAAUUCUAUUUUGAUUCUUUUUUGUUUGUAUAGAUUUCGUUUUUUUUUCUUUUAGAAUGUUUAUUUUCUCCUAAACAAUGUUUCUUUUAUGAAAUUAGUAAAAUAUAUUUUAAAGCCUAAGUCAUUA